CGAAACUCGGCCAGUUCCCUCUACACCCUCGAACGAUGUCUUCUCGCGGCGGCGGUACCACUCUCUAUGUCAGUGGCUUCGGUCAUGGCACACGCGCACGCGAUCUUGCCUACGAAUUCGAACGAUAUGGCCGACUUGUCCGCUGCGACAUACCAGCACCACGGACCGCAUCGAGCAGACUCUUUGCCUUCGUUGAGUACGAAAAUCGCCGGGACGCUGAUGAUGCUUACUACGAGAUGCACAACAAGCGCAUCGGGCGCGAUGACCUGCUGAAGAUUGAGUGGGCACGCACACCACCAUCUGCUAGCUGGCGCUUCGACCCAGGUGCCGAUCGACCACGCGAUGGCCGUGAUGGAGGUCGCGGUGGCGGUCGCGACGACAGAGGUGGACGUGACAGGCGCGAGCGCUCUCCUCGCCGCCGCUCUGGUUCUCCGCCACGAAGCCGUCGCCACGACGACGAUCGCGAGGGAAGCACACGAGACCGCGACUAUGACCGUGGAUCUCGCCGUGAUGACCGGGACGACCGACGCCGCGAGCGCACACGUAGCCCAGAGGCAGACCGUGAUCGAGCCGACCGUGACCGAGACAUGAAGGAUCGUGACGUACGCGACGAGGAUCGGGAUGGCGACCGUGAUGCCGACCGACCAGCGAGGGACGACCGCGACCGCGAUUUUGAGGCCAAUGGCAGCAACGGCGACGUUGGCAAGGAGGAGGCGCGAGAGGAAGAGGCUCCUCCAGCCGCGCAUGAUGAUUUGGACACCGCCGAGUAAGGGCAAGGCUGACUUAGUGCACCAGCUCUCGCUAUCCGGCUGCGUGAUGCCUCAGCAUCUGGCAGCGGACCGUUGCAAUUCAUUUGAGACGGGAAGCGGAGAACGCAAACGCCGUACCAUCGACGACCGAGCCGGGCGCGCGAAAAGCAAAAGCAGCAAGACAGUGAACUGAGAGAGUGAUAUGGUAAAGUGUGAUACAAUUGACUGCUAUCGAGGCUGCUGCGGAGGUUCAACUUUAUUACACACAGGGACGGGCUAGCAUCGACCGGAUUAUCCUCGAAGCGAAUCGACCAGCUUGACUUGACGCCGUUUUCCUUCGAAGCGGAUCCUCGUACCUCGUCGUUAUUACCAUAUCGAGCGAACCCUGAUGCAACAGCAACCAGCGUACCUCCCGUCCUUCCCUCGUCCCUUUCGCUCACUCGUUCGUUCCCCCGUCCAUUCCCCGCCGUCCUCGCUCGCGCGAUCCGUUCCCGAUCGACCUGAGUCACCCAAUAUCAUGCUCGUCUGCGACUCCUGCGAUCCUGACUUGAGCGCCCGAUCCUGCAGUUCCUGGCCUGACAAGACUUCUAACAUGACAGCUGCUCGAACACGCACACAAGUGGUAAGCUAUGCAACUACUAACUGGUAAUGCGUACAUCUGAAUCAUGCAACACAUUACCAUGGUUAUGCGAAGACCGUACACAACGUGAGAUUGUUAUCGCGCUCAUACAGGGCAGUAAAUGAUAUUUGUAGAUUCAGUAUAAUUACUCAAUAUCCUCGGGCCUCUUUUGAGGACUCCUCGAGUUGUCGCUCCCAUGAAUUCCGCCUCUGUUUAACGGAUCUCCAGCCUCUGAGCUCAUGCUAUCUCGGCCUAUCGCGAAUUCGCUUCCUGUUUCUAUGCUGCUUUGUCGUUUUCUGGGCGCAUCGUUCUCAGCGGUCACCACAGCAUGUGCCUCCUUCCUGGCAUCGCGCCUCAUCUUGGAGUAUUUGAGCCAAUUGUAGCCUGCGAUGCUGGCAAUUGUCACAAUCAGGCCCGAUACAUUGAUCGGACUCAGUUCGUCGCCGAAAGUGAAACUAGCGGCGCUAAUGGUCAAGACCUCCUUGAAAAUGCCGCACACUGAUAAUGUCACAACAGAGGAGCGUUGCAACAGGGCGAACUCGGCAGCUACCAUCAUAAAAGCCAGACAACCUGGGAAAAGGAUAAUCAGCGAUCCCAAGAAAUAUCCUUUGGCCUGGGCUAGUUCCUGGAGACCUUGCAGUACCGCCGAAGCUCCUUCAAUCGGUAGUGCCAGCACGAAGAGCACAAGGAACAUGACAGGAGUGAGGAAGAAAAUUGACGAGAAUGGGUUACUCGUGGCUCGAUUCCGGAGCAGUAAGAUUUGGGUCAAACUCCACCGAAAACCUGAACAUAAGCUUGCAGUCAUCACGAGGAUGAAACCGAGAGCAUUGAAAGCUGCUUCGCCGGAUACCAUGAGUAUCACACCUAUGGUCAUGAGGCUUAUGAUGCCACAGAGUUUCCAGGUGGGUUUUUCGAGUCUGAAGACAAAGGCGAAGAGGAGCACGAAGGCUAGAACGCUGGAUUUGCACAUUGUGAAGAAUGUGAGCGAUAUGAAGCGGAGGGAAAAGUUCCCGAGUCCAAUGUCUAGGGCUGUUGCUGUUCCGCAGGGGGCGAUGCGAGAGAGGUAGAAGGUCUUUGUCAUCAAUGGCGGUGGUUUCUUCUUGGGAUAUUCGUCUUCCCCUCCCACUCUUUCAUAUUGAUGCUCUUCUUGUGGUGGUGGUGGUAUGACGUUUCCAUUCCUGUCUCGACCAGGUCUAAAGCGUGGAAAGAUGAUGAUGACCAAACACGCGAGCGAGAAUUGUACAAACAUGUGUAUCGAUGUGGUGAAGAGUGGGAAGUGGAAAUCGAGAUUCUCGGACGAGAACAUCCACUUGUUGUAGACGGAGAUGGAGAUACUGAAUGUGUACCAUAGGAGAAUGAGGAUUCCGUUGAUGAUCACAUUUCGUAUCAGAGCGGCUUUGGCUAUGCCCUUCUCUUCUGCGAGGAGGGCCUCGCCUGCUAUUCGAUUUGCCGGGUCCUGGUUUCGUCUCCGCUGUCGUCGCCGCCUCUUGCGCUCGCGUUGUGCUAAGCCGGUCUCUUCAUCAUCGUCGUCGUCGUCGUCUUCAUCGUCUGAGCGUGCGUCUUCGUUGGAGGAUCGGAUUGAGGAGAGUUCCAUGUCGGUACUCUGGUCCGACUCGGACAGGACUUUGGGCUCUGCCUCCAAGGUGGUUAUGGGAGGACGGCUGCUGGUCGCAGUGUGUUUUGAGGAUUGAGAGAAGAGCACAUUAGCACUCCGCUGGCGCGCGUGGCCCUGAGGGAGUGGCUCCAUUUCGUGUUCUGAGGAGCAUGAGAAGACCGGGAGUGGUACAGUUGUGUAUAUUAUUGACCGUUGCAGACGCGCU